AUGUUUGAAGAAGGCGGCGGCACACGCAAAAUGGACGCAAACAUUUCGCGUUCAUCUUCUCUCUUCAUCAAGAAAGAGGGUAAUCGGAACUCACCUGUACGCAAUAACGACAAUCCCAAAACAGAAUUAACUUUCUCAAUCGAGAAAAUCAUGGAACUUCCCCCUUCAAAGAAGACAGAAAAAUCUGAUACACGUGCGCCGUCCUUUUCAUCAACAUCGUCUCUCUCUUCGUUGUCGUCAUCAUCGUCGUCGUCUUCACCAGCAUCAUCAUCACCCACAACAAUGGGACCAACAAAUUACAGCAAUCCCAGAGAUACUCACAUCAGUAGCAACAAUGACAACAACAACAACAACAGUAGUAACGGUUACAGUAAGGCUCAUUCAAAAAAUUUAAAUUCCUUCUGGAUGCCGACGUCAGUGUUCAAUCCGCCUAUGCCUGCAACACCGUACGCUAGUAUUUUAUUCAAUGCUGAUUUACAAAGGCGGGCGGGUCUUAGUCUGAUUGGAAAUUCUUCCGAAUUCCGGGAACCAGUCCUCUACACCCCCUACCUGCAUCCGGCGUUUCCUUUACCACGAAACGCCAAUGCAAACGACUACCAAACACAACUAUUGCGUCAAUACCCUUUUUUAGCAUUCAAUUCCAGUUCGAUGCGAAAAGAUCGCAAUCUAGAAGCUUUGAACAUGCUGAAGGGUUCAAGCUUUCAAGGACUGCACCAAACUCAACCUAAAUAUCAAUCUCCUUUUGAUAAGGGGGUAGCAAUCGAUGCACCGACUAGUGGUUAUCUUGUAAAGGACUCAAAUGCUAGCAACGGGGUUAGCGGUAAUGCUGGGUGCAAUGUCAGCGGAGCAAAUGGCGGCGGUGGGAGUAGCGGAGGCAGUAGUAUAUGGAAACAUACACAGAAUCUAUCCGGCGUCAAUCAGUGCACUAUGGGUCUGCGAAAAUCCUUGCUAGACUCCAGCAAUGGCUACAGCGAACCGCCCAGCAUGGCGCUUGCAUUAACCUCUGCUUCCAACAGCUCGAAACAGCUGGAUGGCAAUAUUAAUAUUAACAAUGGAGGAAGCAAUACAAGUGGAAUUAGCGUUAAUAUUUCAGGAUCAGCUGACGACCUCCGCUCAACUAAAAUCCCGUUGGUCGUUAGCACGUCAGAUAGCGAAAUGGUGUCACCUACGGAUCUCACUUCAGCAAGUAGCAACGGCAGUAACUCUCCAAUUGUUGUUGGGCGCCCGCCGACGGCCAAAAAGAACGGCCUGAAAACUCAAAAGACUUUCACCUGUCCCGAGUGUGGGAAGAUUUUUAACGCACAUUACAAUUUAACCCGACACAUGCCGGUGCAUACGGGGGCCCGACCAUUCAUAUGCAAGGUGUGCGGGAAGGGCUUUCGACAGGCUAGUACCCUGUGCCGCCACAAAAUCAUCCACACAUCGGAGAAACCGCACAAGUGUAAUACCUGCGGCAAGGCGUUCAACAGAAGCUCAACUCUCAACACACACAUGCGCAUUCACCAAGGUUAUAAACCGUUCGUCUGUGAAUUCUGCGGUAAGGGAUUCCAUCAGAAGGGCAACUACAAGAAUCACAAACUGACACACAGCAGCGAGAAGCAGUAUAAGUGUAACGUGUGCAACAAGGCCUUUCACCAGAUCUACAACCUGACCUUUCAUAUGCACACGCACAACGAGAAGAAGCCCUUCACGUGCCAGAUUUGCGGAAAGGGUUUCUGUCGGAACUUCGAUCUGAAAAAGCACAUGCGCAAGUUACACGAAGGGGCACCGUUGCCCUCUUCGUCUUCGGCGUUUGUUGGGAGCAAUAGUGGCGUCGGAAUGAGCGCGAACGGUAACGUCGGUGGCGUUGUUGACGACACUGGCGGCCUGAUGCCGUCGCCGGGGAGUGGUGGAGGUGCGCCUGGUGGUGGAACUAGUGGGGCGGGAUCUGGCAGACCGCACGCACACCAUCACCAUUCUCAUUCCCAUCAUGGUCACCUCGUUCACCAGAAUCUGGGUGCCGGCUCGGCGGGCACCAGUGGCAUGCUAGCAGCUGCCGCCCAGUCAUCUCUCUCGACGCAGGCGGCUGCAGUGUUCUUCUCCCGACCCACAGCGCUCCUAUCUCAAAACCCCCUGGCUUGUCAUCGCUCCUUGCUCUCCCCUCUAGUUCUCAAUUCAUCAGCCACAAGUUUAUUACAUAAGAUUUCAUCUUUGAUAUAA